CUGGGGGGGCGGGGCUGAUUGGCGCGAGGCUGAAACCGGGAGAGCGAGAGACAUGAGCAGCUCACCUGCACCAAGGAUUGUUUAUAAUGGGAAGCGAAACAAUGGACCUCGCUCUCCGACUAACACUGUCCCACCGGAGAUUUAUACUCCAGCACAUGAAGAAAAUGUCAGAUUUAUACAUGAAGCUUGGCAGUGUGUGGAACAGGAACUGAGGAGCCAGCUGUCAGGAAAUGAGCGAGGCCCUGUCCAGUACGUAGAGAAGAAUCCAAAUCCAAAUCUGAACAAUUUCACACCCGUGGACUUGAGUGAUUUAAAGAAGAGGAGCAUGUCAGAUGCUAAAAAGUCUUAAGGGCUCUGUGUUGGCUGGAUUUGAUCUUUCCUUCAACAUCCUCAGGAGCUUCCUUUUGAAGUUUGUUUUCUUUGAUCUCUGGCUUGGAGAGGGAAUCCAGAGCCGACCCACUUUCUUCCACCAGAAUGGAUGUCCUGUCAGUUACCUUUAACUGACCUGAGGAUGCAUGCAGUUGGCAUGUGUUUAAAAAAAAACUUGAGUUUGUAGAUGGUGCUAAUUUUAACUGAUUUAUUUUCCAUCUGUUUCUUCUCCAUUUCUGUCGAGAGCUGUGCUCCAUUUGACACGUUAUGGCCACAAUUCAGACUCUGUGGUGUCCUGAGGAGUAGGAGGUGCCCUCGGGAGGCAUUGUUUAGAAACCCUUCACACUCUGCACUGAUUGUAAGUUUUCUCCAUAAUGUGUUUGGCAUUGACGGGCAGGCUGGAUGCUCAGAAAGAUUGUGAUUGGGGUGGGGGCUGGAGGCUGUGGGACAGGAAGUAGCCUAGCGAGUGAAGCAGUAUCCUCUAAGAUUUAUUCGUUUAACAAUGCCAUUGCCGCAGCCAGAGGUUGAGAAUGGAUUUGAUGAACCAUUCUGUUUGACUCGCACUGAAUGGAGCCAGUUACUCAUGUGGGAAAACGAACAGCCCAUGUUAAACAGCUGGGCUGAAAGCAGUGAACUGUGUGAUGGGAUCAUAAACUGUUUUCUGCAGACAGACUAUAAGUUUGAGUCAUUUUAGGUUUGUAUUCCAGAGGUUGCUUUCAUAUGAGUCUUUGACUAUUUUUAAAAUGAAAAGUGGGGGUA